AUGGCACGCGGCAGACCUCGAAGACAAACUAAAAGCAAAAGCGAUACAUCAAAUGCUGAUGGGGAAAGCACAGAAAAAACGAUAUCAGAAGGCUCUGAUAAUGAGAAUCGACCUGGUUCCACAAAUGAGGAGUCAUCAGAUAUCCAAAUUAAUGAUGAUGAGGAGAAUCCUUCUGAGGAAGAUUAUGAAUCAACUUCUACAUCCUCUUGUUUUCCGAGAAAAAGAAAACUCACCGAAGGAAAUAUUGAUGUUGACGAAGAAUUUGAAAGUGCUGAAGACGAAGAAGAACAAAAUUCUGAUAACGAUUACUUAGAUGAAAGCUUUACCGAGGUUCAAGAAGAAACCGAUGAAUCGGAGGAUUCACUACCCACUGAUUUGCCUUUAAGCUUCAAUGGUGAUGCAGAAAAGGCCGCUGAAAUUUGUCGUCUACCUGCUCGGCGAAUCACGGUUGAUGAAAUCGCACUGUUUCCCUUUCUGCAGGAAGAAACCAAUGUUGCGCUUAGGCCAGCUUAUCUCAUUGCCAGAAAUGCUGGUUGCGCUUUAUGGAUUGAGGAUCCGACAUUACAAGUGACCACUGACCGAUUAAUGGGCUACCUUGUGUCUUCUCUUUCUCGUCAGUAUGUUCUCUGCAUGCAUUCGGCAGGACUCACCACUUUCAUUCCUCCAACUUUAUUAGAAAAUGGAGAUAACCAACAACAGGACUCCUCUGAGACCAGCAAUACCAGUUGCACCAACACUUCUUCCUCCCAAAUACCUAGUAAUUGGGAUCCUUGGAGUACACCAGCCGCGCGAAAGAAUCUGGAACGCCUUGCCACCUUCGCUAUCCUCUUUCUUGAACGCUAUGGUUACAUCAACUUUGGCUCAUUCAAACACCUCACUGAGCCUCUGACUAAGUCUGUGAAGUCAGUAGCUAAUGAAAGUUCUACAAGUGCUUCAUCAAAAAAGAACGUUGAUAGGCAUUCUACUGGCACAGGGAACCCCCUAAAGGUGAUUAUUUGUGGUGCUGGAGCUGCUGGAUUAAUGGCUGCUCGACAAUUAACCUACUUUGGGGCCCAUGUUACCGUCCUCGAAGCUAGAGACCGAAUUGGAGGUCGUGUUUGGACAUAUAAACAAGGAAAGCAUUUUGCUGAUCUUGGGGCGAUGAUUGUCACCGGAAUGUUGGUGUUUAUUGUAGCUGGAAAUCCCUCAACAAUCCUGGCCAAGCAAGGUGGACUAGCAUUGAUCCCAAUUAAUCCAUGUUGUACCCUCUACAAUCCCUACGGGGAUCCGGUGCCACAAGAACGGGAUCUUAAGAUUGAGAAAGAGUUCAAUCGUAUUUUAGCAACAGCAGCUUAUGUUGCUGCGAAUGAUCCAAAUUCUGCGAAUAAAUCUCUCGGUCAAGUUAUUGAGAAUCUUAUUGAAAGCGGUUCUAGUCAGAAUAUUGCGCUAUUGUUUCAAGAAUAUCGAAUAACUCCACUGCAGAUCAGUCACCGAAAUCUCACCUCACUUCUCACGCAAAGGAAAGCCAAAAUUUUGGGCCAGUUAGAAAUUAUGCACGAGAUGGUUAAGGCGAGGGAAGAUAUAAAUAUUGCCUUCAAUGAAUGGAAAACUGUAGAGUCCAAUGAGCCAUUGGAACACAAGAAUUCUUCUACUCCUCCUCCUCAUUCUGCUGCUGCUGCUACUGUUUCAGAUUCAACAGCAGGGACGUCUUCAGCGAAUAGAUCGUCAAAACGUCGAAGGGUGAAUGCGGAGACGGGUUCCACGGUCUCGGUAUCAUCGGCUGAUUCCCCAUCAUCUUCGAUGCCGAAUGUUCGCCCGGUUGUCAAGAAGAAAGAGGCUGAAGAUGCGCCUAGUCAGCCGAUUGACAUGGAAGAGAAAUUCAAACGCCUGUGUCAACUCUCUACUUUGAGUGCCGCUUGGAGACGCUUUGAUCCUCUUCAUGUUUCUCUCACCAAAGUGAAUCGUCAACUAGAAGUCCUCGCAAAGAAUCCACCCCCUGAAAUCUAUCUAACCAAUGCAGAACGCAACAUAUUGGACUGGCAUUUAGCAAAUUUGGAAUUCGCCAAUUCGACUGAGCUUGACAAUCUUUCCCUUCUUCAUUGGGACCAGGAUGAUGCCUAUGAACUGUCUGGUGAUCACUGUGUCAUCCAGGGCGGUUUCGGACAAAUUCUUGAAGUCCUGACUACCUCAUAUGGCUCUCAUCGAAGUUCAAAUGACAAUCCAUGUGGACAAAUUGAACUGCAGUCAUUUGUAAAGGAGAUUUCGGUCUCUGAUACGGUCAAUAUUUGUACUGUUUUUCCAGGUGUAAAGGUUUCCUGUGUGAACAAGGCUAUGAGCGAAGAUGAGCUGAUUUCGCAUAACGCUGAUAUAGUGCUUUGCGCACUGCCUCUGGGUGUUCUUAAGGAAUCCGUCAAUAUUACAAAAGCGGGGAAAAAGCUUGACAAAGCAACUUUGACGAACUUGAAAGCCCCAUUAUUCAACCCGCCUCUCCCACAAUGGAAAACAGAGGCAAUUGAAAGAGCUGGAUUUGGAACGCUUAAUAAGGUUGUUCUUUUCUUUGACAAGUUCUUCUGGGAUCAGAAAGAACGAGUGUUUGGUUACGUUCACGAUUCGACAGACAAACGUGGCGAACUCUUUCUUUUCUGGUCCAUCACAGAUCGUCCUUGUUUGAUUGCCCUUGUCGCUGGCAAGGCCGCCGUUGUCCAGGAAACGGAGAUUGCAACUUCAGUGAUUGCAAAGGGCGAUUCGGAUCCAGCUGCGUAUCUCAGGCUGCCCAUUGUUAGACGAGCCAUGUCUAUUCUGCGAAAAAUCUUCAAUCGGCCGAAUAACAUAAUUCCUGAUCCCGUUGGAGCCUAUGCAACGCAUUGGACAUCGGAUGAGUAUGCACGCGGCUCCUAUUCCUACGUUGCAGUUGGUUCAAGCGGUGACGACUAUGACCUCCUAGCAGCACCACUUACUCAACAACCUCCUACUCUUCCCCUCAGCCCCUCUGCACAGUCCGCUAUGACCCAUAGUAAUGAUGGAACCUCCCCUAAAAAUCCAAGCCGUCUCUUCUUCACUGGAGAGCAUACAAAUCGCAAUUACCCUGCUUCUGUACAGGGCGCAGUGUUUGCUAGUCUGAGGGAGGUAGCCAGGAUCAUGAACACAUACUGUCCUGGAGAGACACCGAUUAUACAACAUGGAUUUACAUUGAGGUCUUCGUCACCACAAACUGAAGCUCUUACUCUUGUCUAG